AGCAUAGUAUCACUAAUUGUAUAAAUUUAUUGAUAUGAAUCUUAAACUAUUUGUUUUAAAAUUGACUAUAAUUUAUUACAAUAUCGCCAAUGUAGAAUGUGAAAUUGAAGAAACAUCAUACUUAAAUUAUUUAAUUGAAAUAGGUGAUCAUUUGUGUAUUCAAAAUGGAUGGAAAUCUAUGGGGAACUUACACUUAAAACUUGAUUCCAUUGGAAUUUUAAGUGUCCAAGAUUUAGUAGCGCAAAAACUCAACGACAAAAAUUUGCUAAGUGUUUUCUAUAAUAUUAUUGAUAUUUUAAACUACAGGUAUAGCGAAGUACUUUCAACAUUUGUAGAAUUAUUAAAUAUUGUUGUUGAUAUAUGUGUACACUUUUUAGACGCUAAUGUAUUGGAAAACUUUAAAAAUUGUACAAUAUUACUAGUAAAAGUAAUAAACAAUUCAUUGACAAUGUUUGAUAAUAUAUACAAUGCUAUGACAUUUUUAAGUUAUAUUGACUUUAAACUUGUCUAUCCCGAGUUAGAAACUAACCCGUACACAAUAGUUGAUUACAUUUAUGAAAUAAAAAACCAUAUAUAUUUUAAAAAAAUCCAAUCCGAGUAUCAUCAUGUUGAUCAUCAAGUAUUUAUAGAAACUAAAGAAUUCAUUAGUGAUGUAUCUAAAAUUGCAAAUAACUGCUUCGAGAAAAAUAAAUCUAUUAUAAAUACUGGUGAGAAAAUUGAUCUCAAAACUAAAUGUGAAACAGAAUAUUUGACACACAGCAGAGAUUUCCCGGAUUUUAUACAAUUCAUGUGUAAUAAGAUGAAUUCAUUUUACACUGAAACAAUUAAAAUUAAUUACGAAGAUCUUGGAUUUAUUCAGUUGAUAAAUCCAACAAAUAAUAAGUUUAAACCUCCGGUUGACGAAUCUAUUAAUCAAGAACUUGGAAUCAUGACACUCAAUACUUUAUUUAGUGAAGGUAAUUGGGAUUCAUUUGGCCAAAUAAAAAUUCUAUUUGAUAAUUUAAUAGUAAGUGCCACAAGUGUGAUAAGAGACCUGGUGACAGAUCAUAAUUUUCAUCUUAAAAAAUUUUACUUCACACAAAUGUUGAGGUGUAGACUUAUUGAUGUACUUUUAAUGUACAAUACGUCAUUAACUGCUUUAAGUGGAAUGUGUAGAAGUCAUAAAGACUUAAACGAGCAUGUGAAAUGUAUAAUAUAUCUUUUUGGCACAAUUAAUAAAACAGUAAAAAUGUUCGAUUUUAUGCUGACUAUUAUGGAAAAAAUAAAAUUAUCAACAUUAUGGCUACCCCAAAAAAUAUUUCCUAACUUACGUUCAAUUUUUAACUUAAUAUAUAAUUAUGUAAUUGAACUUAAAACUAAUGAUGUAAUACGAAAUAUGUUUAUAAACAAACCUGAAGUAAAUAUUGAAAAUUUAGCUAGUGAUUACAUGAUAAGUUUUCAGAAAGCAAGAUAUAAGUUUUUCAGUAUGUUACGUAGUUUAAAAAUUCAAAACAAAAAUAACUGUUAUUCAAAAGGUUUAUUAGUUACUAAGGAACAUCUGGACGCUAAAUUUUCUAACGCUGAACUUAUUAUUAAUACAACAAUGGCAACUGACUCAAUUGUCACCAAAUAUGAAUUACUUUCGAAAUAUUUAUAUGACUUUUGUGAAAACUAUGUUAAAACUGAUUACGUAGAUACAAGUUUUCAUAAAAUACAUCAACAUUAUUUUUGGCAAUGGCCAAAGUCCGUAUUUAUUCAUUGAAGUGAAUUAUAUAAUUUUAGUACUCCAAAUACGUAUUUAAUAUUUAAUUAGUUAUUUCAAUGUAUGAGUAAGACCUCUUCUAUUAAAAUAAGCAUUAUAUAAUAUUAUGUAAUCAUUUCAGGAAGCACAAAAACAAUAAUUGAAUUUAUUUUUGACCAUUAAACAUUAUA